AUGGCGUCGCGAGUCGACCACGUCGAGGUCAUUCAUCGGAGCCGCUCCGAGGAUCGCCAUGUGUACUCGUCCUCGACCGAGGCUGGCUACCGUCCUCGCGGCCCAGAGCCGUAUGUCAACAUUAAUUCCAACAUCGAAGCCAAAAUCAAGAACCCCCUCAUCGGCAUACCGCGGCGGACCUUGCUCGCCGAUGUCGACACUUUUUGCCGCAGCAAGGGCCUCGAGGCCCACCGCCACAUCCUUCGCAAAGGCGCCCUGGUCGCGCAAGACCCGACUGGCUACGAAGACAUCACGGGCGAGGAGGCUCUCACCGACGAGGAGAUAGAGUCCCUCCGCGACGAAGUGCUGCACAAGUGGCGCAUCCCACGAGUGCUCUACCUCACCAUCAUCACAUGUUCCAUUGGCGCCGCCGUCCAGGGCUGGGACCAAACCGGUUCCAAUGGCGCCAACCUCGACUUCCCGAGGGCCUUUGGCAUAGGGAGUGCCAGCAUACAUGACAACGUCAUCGUCGGCCUCGUAAACGCGGCUCCUUAUAUCGGAACGGCUUUUGUUGGCUGCUGGCUGUCUGACCCCAUCAACUCCCGUUGGGGUCGCCGAGGGACCAUCUUUGUCGCUGCCCACUUUUGCCUUUGGCCGGUCCUCGCCAGCGCCUUUUGCAAUACCUGGGUGCAGCUGUUUGGAUGCCGUCUGCUCUUAGGCGUUGGCAUGGGCACCAAGGCUUCCACCGUACCCAUAUUCGCCGCCGAGAACUCGCCAGCGCCCAUUCGUGGCGCGCUCGUCAUGAGCUGGCAGCUGUGGACCGCGUUUGGUAUCUUCCUGGGCACAUGCGCCAACCUCGUCGUCAAGCACAUCGGGCCGGAGUCGUGGAGAUAUCAGCUUGGGUCGGCCUUUAUCCCGGCUGUGCCGCUUGCUCUCCUCAUCUACUUUUGCCCCGAAUCGCCGCGUUGGUACAUCAAAAAGGACCGCUACCUAGAUGCCCUGCACUCGCUGCUGCGCCUGCGCAAUUCCCCGGUCCAGGCCGCCCGGGACCUCUACUACAUCCAUGUCCAGCUGCAGGUUGAGAAGGAAUUCAUCGGCCACGGCGACUACAUAGGCCGCUUCAUCGAGCUGUUCACGAUCCCGCGCAUCCGCCGAGCGACACUCGCAGCCUUUGUGGUUAUGAUUGCGCAGCAGAUGUGUGGAAUCAACAUCAUCGCCUUUUACUCUACGACAGUCUUUCGCGAUGCCGGCGCGAGCGACUUUAAUGCCCUGCUGGCCACCUGGGGCUUUGGUCUCAUCAACUUCCUCUUUGCCUUCCCCGCCAUUUGGACCAUCGAUACCUUUGGACGCCGCUCACUGCUGUUGUUCACCUUUCCCCAGAUGGCCUGGACGCUUCUCGCGGCUGGACUCUGCACGUUGAUACCGCCGGGUCCCGCGCACAUAGGCAUGGUUGCCUUGUUCGUCUACCUCUUUGCCGUCUUCUACUCGCCAGGCGAGGGACCCGUGCCGUUCACGUACUCCGCCGAGGUGUUUCCCCUGUCGCACCGCGAGGUGGGCAUGGCGUUCGCCGUCGCGACAUGCCUGUUUUGGGCGUCUGUGCUGUCCAUUACGUUCCCCCUGAUGUUGGCGAAGCUGGGGGUGCGCGGUUCCUUUGGCUUGUACGCGAUGCUCAAUAUUCUGGCGCUGAUCAUGAUUUUCCUGGCGGUCCCUGAAACGAAGCAGCGGACGCUGGAGGAGCUCGACUACAUCUUUGGCGUCCCCACGAGGGUAUUUGCGCGGUAUCAGGUCACCAAGGCACUGCCCUGGUGGUGCAAGAGGUGGCUCCUAUUCCAGAAGAACGCCACCCUGGAGCCCCUUUACCAACUAGACGUGGCCGAUCACCACGAGGAGGAAGACGAGAUCGCAAGCACCGACAACGGGUACGAGAACGACAAGGCGAGAGUGGAGAUGAAGGACAUUGUGGGAUUUCCCAGGGGGAUGACUGAGCUGCAGCCGAAUCAGCCACCCAGCCCGUCUCCUCGGACAUCGAUAUGA